AACAUAUAAAUUUGUAUCUUUUGACGCUAACUUUCCGACGAACAAAAUUAGGGAAAGGAACGAUGUGUGUGCAGAAUCAAGCUUUGAGGCCAAAAUUACUCCGACAGAUGGCGGCAAGUGGCACAUGUUUCAGAAGGAAAAUUCUUAAAAUAAUGCAGUCAUAUUACAAAAGAGAAGAAUUUUCUGAUCUCAGACAAUGCUACUAUAUACUCCCUACAGGGGGUGAUAAUGGAAUAAGAAAGGAAGAAGAAGAAGGAAAAUUUGCUGCGUUAUCAACCUCAAAAAUCCUACAGUCUGCAAUUGGAAGGCUCGGUUCAGACGGCGUCAAGCGGUCGUUAUUAAUUAAGCAGACCUAUUCACGAUAA